CUCCCAGGGUACACUUCACCUGGCACAUGGCGAUAUAUAUAAAUAGCUGCUGUUCUUGUGAAGGUAUUCAGCCUAACGCAGUAUACGUACGUGUCGUACGUGAGUACCACUCUUAAUGCAAUAAUUGGUCAAUCAACAUAUGCGAUGAGUCUUUACUUGAACUUCACUGAAAAUUUCUCUGUUGAAGCCGACACUAUGAAACAGUACAUGGAACCACAGCCUCUUCGCUACGUGCGACUGACUUGCUUUGGCGUCGUUAUUCUUGGUUCUCUUAUUGGUAAUGUUGUGAUUAUUGGAGCUGUGUUGCGCGCCAAGGGAGUCAGRUCGUCCACAUACCUUCUGAUUUGUAACUUGGCGUUUGCAGAAAUUAUCUCGGCAUGUUGCUUGCCGCUAUUGCAAACUUAUGCCGAAUUGCAAGACUGGCCGUUUUCAAAGGCAUUGUGUCACGUAGUGAGCCCGUUGCAAAUAACGGCUGGGAUGGUGGUUACUACAUCAAUUGCCUGCAUUGCUGUUGUACGAUACCUUCAACUUGGAAGUUUACGUUUCUACAGGAUGACACGUAAGACAUCCAGUGCCUGGSUAAUCAACCUAAUCAUYUGGGUUAUAGCUGUGAUAUGUGUCCUGCCAUACUACCUUUACAUGACCAUAGUACCUGGCGGUCACGACAAGCAAUGSUGUGUAAUACUGCUACCUGGAGAAAGGUUUGACCAAAACUACCCUUCCUCGCGUGUCCGGUUUGUGAUGAUCGUGCAAUUYCUCAUCAACUAUAUCAUUCCUCUAGCUAUCACGCUUGUAUGUUACAGUAUUGUGGCUUCUAAACUCAAGUACCACAUUAAUAGAAGGAUUUCUUGUGACAUCAAAGUUCACGAUAUCACAGCGAGGCGGCAUCCCGAGACAGAGUUGACUGAGAUAAGYGAAAUAACCCAUAAUACUCAGCAAGAUAACAACCGGAAAAACGAAAGCAAGCCAGCAGUAAUCGCACACGAUGAUGAGGACGACCUUGAUGCAUGCGAGUUAGACAUCCUGAAAAUGUUCUACGYCAUUGUAUUGAUUUUUGUCCUGUGCUAUCUUCCCUACCAGUGUUUCUUUAUGUUAGAAUAUAUGGGAAAACUGUCAUGGAACAACUGGCAAUACUUUGAUAUUACCAGGACAUAYCUAUUCUUGUUAACUUGUUUCCCAAGUGCUUUGCAUCCGAUCUGCUAUGGUUUAAUGAGCCCUUUUUAUCACAGAGCUUUUUCAGUCAUCUUUUGUAAAUGAUGUGACUCGAAGGCAAGAAGCGGACUGAUUGACUUKGAUCAUUUGUGACACUAAUCACCUUAAUAAUCAGAAAACAUCCAUGACGAAGAUCUGGAACAAUCAAAUGAUCCAAUUUUAAACCACUCACUGUUGAGAUUGCUGAACGUUUGUUUCUUAUUGGCUUAGAAUUUUCUCAUAUAAUCAACCAUUAUGUAAUUGCUCACUUUAGUGCAUGAUCAAUUUUGUGAUUUUAGUAUAAAGCUGGACUUUUAACUCGCCACAAGGUGUUUCUGCGGGGUUACCUGUUSUAUUUUUAGCUCUUGCCCCUACCAACUCUAAUUUCUAACUGUAGAAAUUGUAUUGUGUGGUGACGACAUAGUUUUCGAUGAGCCAAAGAUUCUUUAUGCUUAUUCUCAUUUUGUUUUUUGUUUGUUUUGUUUUGUUUUUUGUUUUUCCUUUUCAGAAUUCCCGCAAGGUUUUUUUUCGACGGGGUGUUCCGCGAUAUAUUUCAGUUCUCGCUAUUCCAAUAUGUUUGUUUUAGAAGUGGAAUUUGUCGCCCAAUAAUGUUUGAUAAAAAGAGCUUAAAGUUAAUCCGGAUGUGAUGCAGUUUAGUGUUGAUCCAGCAUUAUCCGCGUUGGCUUAGGCUUUUGUUUGAGACCAUAUUAUCUGUAUUAUAUCAAAAUUUACCAAGCAUAACUARCUCGCUGAUUAAAAAACUUUAACAAACAUAAAAUCGAUAGGAUCAUGACAAAAACGUAUAGUUGUUACAAACAA